CGUCGUGGCGCGCGCACCGAGCCGGCGCGCCUUCCCGGCAUCCUCGGCCGCGUCACGCCGAGCCGAUUCCUCCCCGCGAAGAGGUCGCGCGAGUUCGAGGUCCCGUCGAUCCCGUCGCCCCUGGAGGACGGAAACCCGGCCCCGGUCCCUUCGCUCACCGGGCUCCGAGAAGGAAAGCGUAUUAAGAGUAUACGCCAUUUUCGAGGUUAUCUCUCCACGCGAUAAAGCCGCGCGAGUGGGUUGGUGCAACGCCGAGAAGCGCAAUCACUCGGUAAAGGUUAUAACCGGCUGUUAGGCGUCCCGGUGGUUCCGCCGAGGCGCCAGGUAGUCGCCGACCGGCGAGAACGCGGAUCGCGAGUGUCUCCGCGUGGUGUCCAAUCCGAAUCCCAUAUAUCCACGUGUUAUAGCCUCCAGCGAGUUAACAUUCGCGAUCGUCCGCGCGACGGAGAUUCGGGGCGAAGCGCCAGCCUUGGGCCCGGGGUACCGGGUCAAGGUCGCGACUCUCGUCGCGAUCGGCCGGCGCCCGCGGAGGUUAAGGUCUAUCGCGUCGUCCCCGCGGUGACCGUCACGACCCACGUGGGCGUCUUCGCGCCUGGAAGGCAAGCCUCGACCGACGCGACUCGCCGGAGGUCUCUCCCAAGACCUGGACCAACAACCGGCGAUCUAGAGGGGUCGAGGUCGACCCCGGGGCCCUCGGCGAGGGUACCGAGCUCCCCUUUGGCGGAUGCCCGGCUGCGGCCGGCCAGCGGGCUCGAGUAAUAACUUUCAAUGGACGCUCGCGGCCAGCGCGACCAGAUAAAAGUGCUUUAUCUGUCCUCGGUCGCGAUCGGGCGUGCGAGAUUAGCGCCAAGGCUAAUUUUAAUGUGACAAACAGCCCGCGAAAGCGAGCCGAGGACGCCGAUAAGGCGCCGGGGCGUGCAGCCGUUAAAACAGCGUUCGCCAAAAUGGCCGCCGCCGCCGCCGGCGGCGGCGAGGCUGCACCGCCUGGCGCACCGGCCGAGUCGCGGGCCCUCCGGGCGGCGCCGCCGCUCGCCCCUCCGAGGCGGAAUCACUAGGCCUCGUGAUGUGGCCCCCGCAUCAACACCGGUACAUGGGGGGAGUGCCCCCCCACCUCCACCCCGCGGAGACCGACGCCCGAGCGCAGGAUGAAGCGCUGCAGCAGCAACUGCAGAUGCAGCAACAGCAGCAGCAUCCGCAUCACCGCCCCGCCAUGGACCUUCCCAUGCCCAGCAACCCCAGGGCGUCCCGUAACAUGGCGGAGAAGCAGCGGCGAGACAACCUCAACACGAACAUCUCGACGAUGGCCACCCUGGUGCCCACGGUCGCCGGGAGCUCUCGUCGGAUGGACAAGAUCUCCAUCCUGAGGCUGGCCGCCGCCUAUCUCAGGACUCAGUACACCCUCGGCUCCGGGUCCGCUGGCUUCCUUCCCCGACAGUUCAGCGACUUCGACCUAGAGCAGUACUUCGUCGAGAACCUGGUCGGGAACGGAGGGUUCCUCAUGGUCGUCACGACCACCGGAAAGAUCGUGUACAUCAGCAGACAAGUCGAGCAACACCUCGGACAUGCUCAGAACGAGUUGCUAGGACAGUCUCUGUACAACUUCGUGUACUCGGAGGACCAUGAAGAACUUACGCAAAAUCUAACCCCGGAGGAGAUGCAACGGCCCGCGCGUCCAUCUGGAGUCGGGGACGACAAUUCCAACUCCUCUGCCGAGGACCCCAGCUCGCCUGGUGUAGAGAAGUCCUUCAAGGAACAGCGGAGGAGCUUCAACGUCAGGAUGUCCCAGAGGACCGUUUCCAGGCGCGAGCACGCCCAGUACGAGUGCCUCCACGUUUCCGGGAUCCUCAGGCUCGCCGAAGCCUGCAGAACCGCGGAGGCCAACGGCAACCGGACGCGGCAUCGAGACGCGACCUCAACCAGCAAUGACAUCGUCUUCGUGGGGAUCGCGAGGUUGCUGAAAAAGAGGACCAUCACCGAGCUGUCUCUCCUGGAAGCCAACAAGGACGAGUACGUUACUCGACACCUUGUGGACGGUCGCAUAAUCUUCUGCGACCACAGGAUCUCCGUCGUCGCGGGCUACAUGUCGGAGGAGGUGUCCGGCCUGAGUGCGUUUAGGUUCAUGCACAAGGAGGACGUCAGAUGGACCAUGAUCGGACUUAGGCAAAUGUACGAUCGCGGGGAAGGUUUCGGCUCGUCGUGCUACAGGUUGCUCUCGAAGACCGGCGAGUUCAUCUAUCUGAGGACCCACGGAUACCUCGAAUUCGACAAGAACACUCAGACCGUCGAAUCGUUCGUCUGUAUAAAUACUUUAGUAUCAGAGGAGGAAGGCAUAGAGCUCGUCAAGGAGAUGAAGGGCAGGUUUUCGGCGACGAUUACAGGCACCUCGAAAGCGAUGAUCGUGGCUGAUGAUCUAUCGUUGACUUUCGGAACCGAGUCGCCGCGGAUGAGCUCGAAGGCAAGCGUGGAGGAUCCAUCCCAGUUGGAAGACGCUAUCACCCACUUGAUAAGCGACUUGCCGUCCCCGUCGGUAUCGGAAGACCGCCUAUCGCCGUCCCCGUUGCCGAACGCCCAGUACGUGAAAGCGGCCAUCUUCUCGCAGAGGCUUCCGCCGGCCUCGAUUCAGGCCAGCAAGAUCGGCAUCAAGAACAUCAUCCACCCAAGGAUAGCACCAGCCGAUAAGGGGAAGCACCAGUCCUUCAAACAGGAACCCGACGAGUCGUCGAGUGGUCUGGAAGGCUCGCCUCAUAACGGGCAAUGGACGGGGCAUCGCCGGGAAGAGUCCCUUCGACAGGAGUCUGGAAAGGGGAACGUCGCCGGGAAAGGGACAUCCGGUAGGAGCCUACCAUCUCCGGAAAGGCGAACGUUCUCCGGGAGAAUAUCCAUGCCGGAGAAGAGGAUAUCCCAGCUAGAAGGCAGCGAGGUCUCCGACUACAGAACCAAACUUUACGUCGACGUCGCCGAUAAGAAGAUGCCCAUGAGCUCGAGUCAAGGUCUGCUUCUUACCGACGAGGAGGCGUCUUUACCACCUGGCUGUAUGGACGAGAUGGAUAUCGAGGAUGUCAAGCUUCCUAGGCCAAGUGUGGGGUAUUCGUCGAGGGGAAAGGACUUGACCAAGAUGGAGUCCGAAUUGAGGGAUGAUAUGGGCAUGGGCAGGCCGUCGGUGGUCCGAGAGACCAGGCCCACGGAUGGACCUUUGAGGAUAGCCAGGGUCGACAGUCCCUCGAUUAGUGGCCAUCGCGGGAAACCCGAAACCGCGAUGACCACGGUCCAUAGUCCCUCCAUGACUCGCGGCAGGAGUCAUGGGAAACUGGAAUCUAUGCUAGCGAGCGAAGGAACCCUUGGGAUGACCAGCGCCGACAGUCCCGCGAUGACCUCCGGGGGACAUCUCGGAAAUCCGGAGACCAUGCUGAGCAACGAGGGUACCGUAAUGGCUGCCAACGUCCGAAGUCCUUCCGGGUCUCGUGACAGGUGUCGAGGGAAAUUGGAGUCCAUGCUUUCCGCUGAAAGUACCUUAAGGAUAGGCAGGAGUACCUCGAUGACCACUACCAGUCAUCGGGGCAAACCGGAUUCCGUGAUGUCUCUUGCCGGAGGCUUCAGCGGAGAUCUGAGCGGGAACGAGAGUGCCCAGACCCUGAAGAGGUCGCGCAGUAUAGAGGAUGGGGACGACGCGUUCUCGAACAAGAGGAGAUCCAACCCAGCGACCUCGACCUGCGGGGAAUCGUCCUUUCGGGCAGAUCCUGGGACAGAAUGCCAGGGUUCCUAUUACGAGAGCACCUCGAAUAUCCCAGGCUACGCCCAGGAAGAGAUCUCCGGAAUCAUCUGCGAUUUUGGAUCGUCCGAACAAGUCGAAGAUCGCAUUCUGGAUCCCGAAGAAUCCCCUGGACUCAGGGAAUCAAUCCACCCGGAGUACCAGCAGAUGGACUCGGGGAAUCUGGAGAUUGUCACCAGUGACGAGGAUCGGCUCACCGAUCUUCAGGACCUCCAGGGCGACAUACUCCUCAGUCCUGAGCUGGACACCAAUCCUGCAGAGCUCAUGAAGAUCUUCGAUGACCUCAGGCCCGUGAUGGGAUUCGAAAAGGACAUAGACGAGACGAAGGUUCAGCAGUUCGCAGCUAACGAUCAAGCCGUUAGCGAAGGAAUCAGAAGGACUCAUAUUCAAUUAGCGAAUAGCAUGGCGUUACGCGAAUCGCAGUUUAGCGUGCUGGAACGCGACCUCGAAAAUCCUGCCCUUCAAGCUCAGAGAGAAAACUUCACCCAGCUCCAGGCGGAGCACAAGAAGCAGAAGCAGAUCCUGAAGACGCUACAACAGGACCACCACAAUAUGCAAGUGAACGUCAAGCAUGACAUUGGCGUGUGAGGAGGCACGUUGAGAACAAGCUCGGUGAAAAAGCUCGAACUGCUCCUUUUCUUGCCUUCGGCAUCAAAAAGCUUCGCGACGCGCCAAGACUUCCCUGAGAGCGUACAAAGUACGAAAUAAUUGCCAUGACGCGUCCCAGCUCGACGAUACGUCGCAGCGAGGCUGCCCAGACGAGAUAGGAAAAGAAAAAACAUUAUAUCGAUGAUCGUCCAAUUCCUUGGAACGCGGAGAACUUUGGGCCUUGGGGCCUAUAUAGAGGGGGAAUGGAGGUGGAAACAUAGCCUAGAUCAGGAGAAAACGAUCCACCUGUUUCCUCAGAAUAGCCCGAUGUACAUAUUCAUCCCAUGCCUCCGUUUUCGCGAAUAUCGCUGGUCGGUUCCCCGAUACAGAGGACCCUCCGAGGAGCGAGCAACGUUUCGGGGUGAUGUACCUCUACCGGAGGCACUCUCCACAUCGCCAACCGAACUCGGUGGACUUUACGCGGCGGCUUUGUAACGCUUCCGUCCAAAGAAGCGUGAAAAAUGGCCCCUCACUGGACGUUUCGACCAAAGACCCUGCGCGGAACUCGUAGCUUGCGAUUUCGUCAACCUUACGUUCGAGGUUAUUACUUGGAAAUUGAUGUUGAAAUUAACGAACUCCAUUCUUGUAGUUCAAGGAACGCUGGUCUACGGUUGAGAAGGUAUGCACGAUGUACGACGUCUGCCGGUGUAGGAUUAUUCAGGUACGCUAGGAGGGGAAUAACUAAAACGGAUCUUGUAAUUUGGGCCUUGUCAUUGGUUGUAACAUUGUGAGAAGGGUGUAACACUGUUCAUGAUUUCCCUUAAUUGUACAUAGGAUAGAGAAUGGUUUUGUUUAACAGCAAGGAGGGAUCGCAGAUUAAUUGUGUAAGUUCAGCUUGGAAAGUAGUCGAAUUGUCUUACACGGGAAAGCGUGGAUUUUCGCGUAUUUCGAUGACCGAAUUGCUCGCUCCGACAGUCCACUUAACCGACGGUCAAUUUACAAGUCGCGGGAAAGUUUGUAAAUAGUUUUCAUCCACUUUCGCUCUCGACUGUCUCUACGUAUCCGCCGGAUAGUAAUCGAAGCCGCCGCUAGAGGCGCCGACAAGCGACUCGGGCCGAUCGACCUUCGAAACUACCUCCCAGAAAGUACCGGCGAUUUAGGGCGAGCUGCGCGACUUUUCUUUUAAAUCACCCUCUAAUAUUAAAUUAAAAACGGAGAUAAUAAACGUUUUUAAAAAACGAAGGUGGCGCAGCAGAGCUCCGUAGGAUGAUUUUAAGGCGGGACGAGAAACAAUAUUCGCGAAGGAGUAAUCACGAAUCGUUGCCAUCGUUUUAAUUGGCUGACCGUAAGACUGCAAUGUUAUAAUAUACCUAUAUAUUAUGUUUAUUAUUAAUUAAUUAUCAUGAUUACGCCGCGGCACGAUUAUAUUACUGCUAUUUGGUAAUAAGUACGACCCCCGUUGGGUAACGUUCCCGGUGCGUGGCCAACGGUGGGGGAGAAAUUACGGCUGAAUGGCAUCGGUGGGCGCGAUUCCGACCGAGACAAUUCCUGGGAGGCAUUCCGUGUACCUUAAUGCCCCGGAAAAGCCACUUUUCCGGGCGACCUCCCUCGACCUCGACAGCCGGCAGGUGCAGAGCAUCCGGCCGGGUCGGAAGUCGGCGUAAGGCCCAAAGGUGCCAUUCGGUCUUUCGACCUUAUUACGUUUAGAGGCAUAAUUUUAGCACGUAAGCAGUGGUGUACUAAUAUUAUUACGUACGGCAUGAUAUUUACUGUAACUAUUACGUCUGCAUUAGGGUCUGUCACGAUUUUUACAUUGAUGCAAACACGAAAGGAAGAAAGGAGAGCGAGACGGUGAAGGACCGAAGCAUGGCAGGCUUGAACGAACCUGCAGACCCGCCUAGACUGGGUGACGCGCUUCGGACGAUUUCUUAUCGGGAUCUUUAUCUUCGUAAUUUGCUACGAAACGGCUAUCGGAUAGUUAGCUCUCGAUGUUAAAAUUCUUCGAGGGUGUCUCCCAUUUGGGCAUUCGCAAAAUUAGUAUCGUAAGCAGCGCAUCCAAGAUGGCGCCCGCCCCCGUUGCACCCUGUAGUUUCGUUCAUUGCCCUCGCGUUUUCGAGAUGGACGUCGCGUGGAAUUUGAUCCUUCAUGGCCGAGUUGCACGUUGUAAGGCCGACAAUUUUGUAGUCUCUUCUCGUUUUAUAAUCCAGUACCUUGAACCUCCGAGCUGAGCGCGGAAGGACGCGGAGGAGUGACCGCGAGGCGCGAGCAGCGCUUAUCGAGAAGAACGUACACACUCGCCAAUGAGAGAUGUAAAGUAGUGGCCGCGUUGCAGCCGUGUUUGCGACGUAGCCGUCCCCUCUCCCCACACAAAUGUAUAGUACAAAAUACAAAUCCAAACUGUCUGUGUUCCAAAA